AUGGGGAUAAUCCAGUCUCUUGUUGUGAAGGUUGGAGCCGCAUACGCCAUGAAAGUAACGCUGACGACAAUGCCAAAGUUGGUUCCAGCACCUUUCAUCGCCCACAGCAGAUCUUUUUCGUUCUCGGGUCGCACGGCACCUGCUGGUUGGUGUUGGCGUGCGUCGCACGUGAGCCCGUGA